AUGACGCGCAAGCAGAUAACUCAGCUCGCCAUUGAUAUCGACACUACCAACAUCGUCACAGACCCAUCCCAUCUGCUCCACGACUCGGGUGCACCACCUGAAGCAUUUGCGAUAUGCGCAACGGAACUCUCGUUCAAUGGGCGCAAAUAUGAGUGCUUCUUGUGUCAUCACGAAUAUAAAACUCUUUCCGCGCUCAAUCAGCACCUUGCGAGCCCCGUGCACGAUGCAGAUAUAUACUGGUGCCCCAAAGACUGGCAAGGAUGCGGCACUAAGUUCCGUGUGCUUAGUGCCCUUUGCCAGCACGUCGAAUCCGAAAGGUGUGGUAUUCGGCGUUUCAAGGACCCUAUGCAGGAGGUCAUUGGCGAAGACAAGGAGUUGGCAGUCUAG